UGUGUAGCUCGGUAGAGUUCAUGGGCACCAUUCGCGAUACUGAGCGAAGAAUAUUAUAUUCGCUUUGUAAGUAAUUGUAAAUUAAGUCUUAUUUGAAAAAGAACUUUGAAUGGAGCACUAUAGUCGAUUGUUGGACGAGUUUAUUUACAUAUAUAGCACCUGGAAUUUUUCUAUUUAUUUCUCAUGUUCGAAACUUUGAAUGUGGCCUAAGUGUUCUGUGGCCGGAAAGAAAUAUUCAGAUGGACACAGCAUGAAUUCAUGCAAUUUGUCUUUAUUUCUUUCAUACCGGCAAGAACUGAACUCCGGUUCCCGAUCCUCGGAUUCUAAGGACAUCAGCCAAAAAACAAGACAAUUGAAUGUGAAAUUUGUAAUAUUUUAUGUGGGCUAUGAACUUUAACAAAUGAACAACAGUGUUGUUGUUGGGUAAAAUGAUUAAAGGAUCUUGAUCGAUGUGGUUUGGCUCCUCAAAUGUAUACAAGCUCGAAGCACCGAGUCCAACAUUAAUGCAUUGUUGUUAUUCUUGUUUGUUUUCACGGCAUGCUGAUUUUUUGCCCUGUCGUUGAUGAUAUCGACGGCACCAUAUUAUCGUGCAUUGGUGUACUAGUCUAUAGCACUCGAAUAAAAAAUCUAGGAGGAUUUUUCACUGACCUAUUUUCAAUGUUACUCACUUCACUUACGUAUACUGUUCUUGUUUUGUCUCUCAGAAAUUCUCUAAUAGCACUCUAAAUUAUUCUAAGAUGCGAUUAACGUUCAGAACAUGCUUUCGUUUGACACUGAGAUCCUUUUGUCCAAUAAACGUACGGAUUUUUCUUUCGCUUUAGGAAACACUUUUUUUUUUGUCUCGCACCAAACACGCUGCCGAUGGUCAUAGCACUCAUGCAAGGUUCCCCGUGAUUGGUUAAUUCGAUAAUCCAUUUUAGAACCAACAAUAGUGCCACAUGUGUAUAGGCGCUCUUUAUACUUGCUCUGCGCGUCUUUUUUGAAAGGUAUUCACGCGCUGGUGAUUGACUGACAAAGCCAUUUGCAAGAGCACUGUGGCCAGCUGUCUUGGGUUAAAAGGGAGCAUAACUGGGUCCCAACCUGCGUUAAUCGAGUGAGCUCGCACUUAAAGCAGCUCUUAGUGUUUUGGUUGAUGUCUCAGUUUGACUCGCCCGCGAGGAAGAGCGAACUUCUUGAAGAGUGCGCCAACAACGAUCUUUGCCUGUCAAAGGCAGGAAUCAAACAGAAGUGAAGAACACACUGACACAAUACAGCAACCCGUAACAUUUACUGUGCAAGGUUCAAGAGAAAAUAUGGGAGAUGAAAUGCUGAGUGUCUUUUAUAACGGGGAUAUAUUCGGAAGCAAUGGAGCACUCAAUGACAACAGCAUUCAAGCUUUAAAAUCUGGCUUAGCAGAUUCCACGGAGUUCCAUCUCUUUCGUGACUACUUUGGCUUGAGCCAUUUGGUAAAGAACACUACUCUUUGUGAUGAGGACGCCAAUGAACUUGAGAAAUUCUAUAAGUUUACGUACAAUCGAUCCCGAGGAGACAGCAUUGGCUCAGAUCGUGAUUCCAUCUCUAGUUCAGGAUCCAGUGGAAUCAGCGCAGAGUUCGACCUGAAAUUGGAAAACCAUUUUACUUCAAAAGCUGUUGGAUCAUCGCUUGCGCCUGGCAGCACGCUGUCGACCAGGUCUCUAACAAACUUAAAACGAACUGACAUUGAUACUGUAGCCAGAAAUCGAAAAAACCGCGAAAACAAGAAAAACCGCAACGCCAAUGUUUGCGUCUUUUGCAGAAAUAACGGCGAAACCAAGAAAGUUUACUCGAGUCAUGUGCUGAAAGAUGCUGAUGGCAACACUACUUGCCCGAUUCUACGAGCUUAUACCUGCCCAUUGUGCAAAGCAUCGGGAAAUGAUUCCCACACCAUCAAAUAUUGCCCAAGAAACAAGAAUGGGAAUAAAAUGCAAGCUAAGGUAUAAACUUGCCUAAAACGCUUAAUAAUCAGAAUUGGAUUGUUCAGCCUUCCUUCUAAUUGAGGAAAAAUUUGUGUGUCUGUCAACGUUUUGCGUUUAUUCAGCAAAGAACAAAUUUGCAUCUUUAAAAAACGGUUUUUUAGACCUCCCUAGUGUGUUCGUACGAUCCCUGACAGUUUUAUGACAGACAAAGUCCGACUCAAACGUCAAAAAGAAAAACAAAGAAAUGACCCAUUCCAUCAAAAUAUUCUGGCAAGAAAAAAAUGAAACUCCGCAUUUUUUUUAGAACUUGUCAUAAUUUUCCAAAAUUCUAAGCAGAGCUUUUCUGCCUAAUAUCUUUAGCCAAAAUUCAGUCCCUUCCCAUGGAUAUUUGGGUGUGUAAUAAUUCAAAAUUGUGAUUUUUUUUUUCAAAACGCCAUUUAAACUGUUAUCGCAGUAAAAUUUCUUUUUUGUUUACAAAGAAGAAAAUGUUACGAAAAUAUUUCUCGAAUUUGCCUGCAAAUUUGUGUCAAAUCAUUGCCAACUAAUCCCAAAAAUAACGUCGUAUAUAUAAAUAUAUCACAAUUUAUCAAUUUAUAAAGAAGUAUCUUGGAACGCAUAUAUUGAAUGCGGCAGAUUGAGCCAAAAAAAAUAUUCUGAAGUAUAAAAGUAUAUUAUAUUAAUAACUUUAUUUAGAAGAAAAUAUAAUUGACUAGUCCUUUAAAUAUAACAGAGACCUGCAUUUUGGUUUGUUAUUCAUUCCAUGAAAUAAUAAUUUGGGAGAGUUUAUUUUAUUCCAGAGAAAAUUGAUUCUGGUUACUCUUCUUAUUCAGGAAAUAUUUGGACAUUGUUAGGAAAUUUCUAGUUCUCUCAGCUCUUUGAGAAGAAAAAAAUAAUAAUACAAGUGUAAAUAGUGAUAUAGGCGUUCAUCUUUGGAAUGAUGGGCGCUAUUUGGACGUUUAUUGUACUAAAAAUCUCAAACUUUCUAAAACCCAUUUAAGUGAUUGUCAAAUACAUAAAAUCAUUUCCAUUGCCGCUACAAAAAGGGCAUGGAUUGCUUGCUUCAAUUAUACGAAAUAAAAGCGAUAAAAUACAA